AUGCGCUAUGCUUAUGGGGUCCUGGUGCUGAGCUCUCUGAUGUCGCCCAAGGACUGGAGCGGAGAACUGGCCCCCCGCAGCCCCAGCGAAGGGCCACUCCUUUGUCCGUGUCGCGGGGAGAGCAAGUGGACCCGGUUCCAGAACACCUUCUGCCUCUAUCCGGGCCUCUGCUGGGUUUGCGAGAGCCCCUGGGGAGUCCACCUCGCAGGGACGGUGGUCCUGCUUCUCUGGCUCUUGGUCGAAACCUGGGCUUCUUCCCGCUUGGCCGCUUUGAGAGUGAAGACGCUGCCGCCGCAAGAGACUGACGCUGAGUCUUUGACUGAAAUGCAGAGUGACGAAGACUUCCAAACCCCACAACUGAGAGCUUCUCCCUUUCUCUGUGAAAAGUGCCUCACUUCUGCUUUGGGAAGUUACCAGCCACCUUUCGAGAGACAACACGGACCCCUUUCGGUCCCUUAUUACAUCUCAGGAGCCAGGCCUCAAAAUGAAGGCAAGCCAGAAUAUGGCAGAAGCAGACCUCCUUCGGCGUCUCGCGUCGUUCAGAGGACUCCCUCUUCCUCUCCCUCUCCCUCUCCCUCUUCCUCUUCCUCCUCUACUUCCCUUCCCUGCUGUUUGACCCAUUUGAAACCUCUGGGGUUACCCUCUAGUUCUGGAAAAUUCCCAACGACCGCAGAGGACUCUUCAUGGAUGGCCUAUGAUUCCUCGGACGAGGCCAAAGUCUCGGACAUCAGCUCCGAACCGGACGACGAUGACAAUGAGUCCAAGGUGCUUGAAAUCAGUCACAAAUUCUCCUUUAUCUCAAUGCAGUCGGAAAUACUGAUCCCCAAAAUGAGGGAAAUGCCUGAACGCUUCCCAGAAGUAGAAAAGGAGAGACCUCAACCCAUUCUGCCCAGAAUUAGGGAAAUACCUGAACGCCUCCCGGAAGAAGAAGAAGAAAAGGAGAAACCCAAACCCAUGCCUUCGUUCGCACAAAUAAAUUUUACCCAGAGCUCGGCUUACAAAAAGGAAGACAGCCUUGUCUUGGUGGAGCGAUGCUUUGAGAUCCACAUGGGAGACAUGCCUCCGGAGGUGGCCAGGACUGACCCUCUGAUGUCCACCUUCGUCAGUCAAGAGGAGACGUGGGAGAAACCCAAAGCCUUGGCCUUGUUGGACCACGUCGCCCAUCCGCGUCUCGGUUGGACUUUGAAGCUUCAUAGCCCCCCCGGCCCAAAAACCCCUCCUCAAACUGGACAUCUGGAUGCCUUCAUCCGCACCACUUCUGCUCUGGGAGAUUUCGAUCCGGACGCCUUUGUCCUGGACAAGAUGGACGAAGAGAUCCUGCGCUUCCUUGAGUUUCACGUCAAAAAGAAAAUGGUCCAGAGGCAAUGUGGGGUUCCCACGGUCGUUGUGCGCUCUGUGCAGCGUUUCCAGUCUUUGGAGGACUUGCGCCACUUGAAACUUGAGAGAGAGCGUGUGAGACCAGCGAAAAGAACACCACUCCGGUUAAGAAGUUCAGCUGGCCUUAAUUUCCUGGACAGAAGCGCCAUGGCCAUCGGUGCCAAACCUUGGCAUAAAUUCCCAGGAGCCAAAGAAUAUUACAUCCUGCAUCCCAUCAAACCAAAUGACAUGAAGACUCUCGUUUCCAGCGCCGCCGCGAAGAAGCCGGACGCCAAAACGGCGCUGCUUCAGGGCAUGAGGGAGAAGUAUGUCCUCCUCUCAAUGCGGCCGGAGGAACUCAGACGCAUCGUCUUCCACAUCGCGGCCAAGAUGCUCGAAAUCAAGAGAGGGGCUUUUCCUGAAGUGGUGGAGAAGUCUUUCCGGACAUUCAGCUCGCUUUGCGCCCGGCCGUUGCCCAAGACCAUCCGUUGGGGCAACAAAGUGACCCGUCCAAAGUGCUUUGUCCUGCCCUUCGUCCCUGGAGAGACCCUUUCUCUCAUUGACCUCAACAUCAAGCACAAAUACCUGGUCUACGUAUGGAAGCUCCCAACGCCUUACUCCAAGUCAGAGGAAGAGAUGACCACCACCGAUUCACGGCCAAAUGAGCCUCAAGGCCGCGUCUUCGAGGACCACAAGCCCGUUGACCCCUCUGUGCCCAUCUUUGUCUUGAAGCUUCCCAAAGGGAAAGUGCGGCCUCCGGCCACAGAGCCACCAAAGUGGCCUGGCUUCCCUUCUGCCCAGCUGGCCAUUGCUGGGACGCCUAUGGAGCAACGUGCGGAUAAAUCGCCGGUCCGUUUUAUGGAUAUAGCUUUGGGUAGGAUUUUAGUCCACGAAGUUGGUCCAGAAAGCGCCACAACGCCCAGAGAGGCUGCCAUGGUUGGCGCACAGAAGGCCAUCGAACCCGGGGAGCCAGGGUCGGCCAUUGCUGGGUUGCCUCCAGAGGAACAUACAGAAAAAUCGAUGGUCCGGUUUAUAGAUAUAUCUUUGGGUAGGAUGUUAGUCCAUGGCGUUUGUCCAGAAAGCACCACAGUGACCAGAGAGGCUGCUGUGGUUGGCGCACAGGAGGCCAUUGAACCCGAGGAACCACCGGUCAAGGAAGUGGCCCUCUCCAAGGCUCUCCCGCUGACCCUUUCCAAGGAAGGAGGAAUGGCCUCCGGGGAAGGAAAGGCACCCAAGGAAGGAGAAGAGGUCAGUGGGACGAAGGAUGGAAGCAAGAAGCCAAAGGAGGUCCUUUUUGGGAAGUCUGCAGACCUCAAAAAGGAGGCCCCCCAGCCUUCCUCUGAAUCGGGGCCAGAGCCUUCUGGGGAAGGGGCUCCAAGCAAAGCGGAUCUCCCACCUCCAUCUGGGAAAGAGGCAAAAGAGGCUGAAAGGAGAGAUGGGCCAUUGGUGGUGGUCAAGGAGGCUCUCCGGCCUCCCUCUGUGGACGCAACUGACCAGGACGACAAGGAAAGGACCAAGACAGAGGAAGCCCAGGAGACCCCAAAAGAAAUGGAGAGGAGAAGCUCCCUGCCUUCCUCCACAAAGAAAGGCCCAGAAGGUGAAGGGGCCAGGAUCCACAGAGCCAGGGGUCCCCCAAAGCCGCCGCAGAGGCCAGCGUCCUGCAAGGCUGCUCUUUCGCUGGACAAAAGGGCAGCCAAGGCCCAGGAGAAGGACGAGGCCAACGGCACAAGGCCCAAGACGGAGGAAGGCGGCAAGCGGCCAAAGGAAGCUUCCAUCGUGAGGGCCAGCCUCUUCCUGGAGCUGGACGUGGCCAAAGAGAAGCUGAACCUGCACCUGAAGAAGAAGCUGGACGCCACGCUGCGGCCGACGCAAGGGGCCCACCUGAAGCUGGACGUGGAGCUGGACAAGGCGGCUGGGGAUAGGAGAGCCAGGAAGGCUCCACAUCGGGCCCACCGCCAUCGCCACCGCGACCGCCAGGAUGACUGCCAGGAUGACCGCCAGAAUGACCGCCAGCAUGACCGCCAGCAUGACCAGGCCCAGGCCAAGGCCAGCCGGCCCUUCUGCUACGUCUGCAUGCCCCUGGACAAGGCGGGCUCUGAGGUCAAGACCGUCUGCUGGACGCUGCCCACGCGGAUCCUGGAAAUGAAUGGGAACCGGGUCCCGCAAGUGGCCCGCUUCGAAAGCAAGGCCUCCGCCGGCUGCAAAUGAACCAAGUCCGGACCAAAUGGCACAAAAGGAAGACUGGUCUUGAAAAUAGGAUGCCGAAGCAAAGCCUUCUGCAACAAUCCAGUAAAGCUAUGAAGGGAAGCAGAAGUAAAAAGCAUUAA